GGUCUUAGAGAGAGAUCAAGAGUGAACUGACGUUUUCUCUUAGCUCGUUCGAGUGUUUUUAAAGUGUUUGAAAAUAUAUGUAUUUAUAUUCCAAGUGCACCUGUUUUUACUCACAAUGUUAGACGGAGACACUCCAUUUCAAGCAAUGGGUCGAAAUAUGUUGCACCGUUUGAAAGAAACUCCAGGAAGAUUUGAUUAUGUUCGAAAUAACAUCAACGGCCAAAAAUCAUUUCGGGAAUUAUUCACAUUCAUAUUUGAUCUUCAAGAAUCACACGAGUACCUAAAGCCAGCAUUUAUGCGCUCCCAGAAAAGCAGUCAAAUUGCAAGUAACUACUGGGACAGUGGGAACUACUAUUACAAGAAAGGUGAAUUCGAGAGGGCCAUGGAGUGCUACAACUUGAGUCUCGUCUUGGCACCACAUCCAUUCUUGGAGGAGGACCCCAAUAUGUAUUAUGGUCAUGAUGGUGAAGAUCCUUUCGUACCAGAGAGAAUAGAACCUUAUAGGUAUAACACCGCAGAAACCAUCAAUGAAGACUCCACAGCCUUGGCCAUGGCUUAUGCUAAUAGAUCAGCUGUGUUUUACAAGCUUGGCCUCUAUGACCGCUGUCUACGUGAUAUUCGACUUGCUCUCCAGAAUGAUUACCCUGUCCAAUAUAAGAACGUUUUAGAAAAGAGGGAAAAAAAUUGUUUGAAAGCACUUGCAGGUGGAAAACGAAAAACAAGAGCUGCACCCAAGUCAGAAAAGCAGUCUUGUCGUAAAAGAAAGGACUCCACUUGUUUAGAGGACAUGUUUAGUGCCUUAAACAUAGAAUUUUCCUGUUCAGAGAUAAAUUCCACUGACUUGGUUAAAAAAAAUUUAAAUUCAGGCGAAACUCCCUCUGGAUCGGAUAAAAACUCUUCUAGCUUGAAUAAAAAUUCCUUUGAAACUGGAAAAACCUCUAACAGUUCUACCCAUGACGCCACUGGAACAGAUAAAGAAUGUUCCAACUCCGGUAGAAAAACUUCCAAUUUAAACAGAAGUUCCCGUAGAUCGGGUAAAGAACCUUACAAAAGAUCUUCUAAAGCAGGUAAAGAUACUAACAGGUCAUACAAAGGCUCCACUACCUCAAGAAAACACAUUUGCAACUGCAAUUCAAACAAAAGUUCUUGCAGUUCUUGUAUAGAAUCCUCAAAGUCAGACCAAAGAGCCUGUGGAUCUAACAUAGACACUAAGAGUUCUCACCAAGAUUCACGGGGCUCAAGUAAUGACAAUCCAAGUAAAAGUUCCAGUGACAAGAAUGAAGAACCUUUAAGUUCAAACAAAAAUUCUCUUGUCUCAGGCAAAGAUACUCACUUGUCAAACAUGGAAACCUUGGGAGCUGCAAAUACUGGGAGACUGACUCGAAUUUAGCAACUUGCUCUCCACCUACAGCACCAUUUUGCUUAGAUAUAAAGUUACCUGACUUUACUACAACCUUCACAGGGCCUGAUGGUGAAAGUGACUUUACUGCAAGUCUAAAGAAAAGAAUUUCUAACAAUUCAAAUACAAAAUAUCUUGACUCAGGUGAAGAGUUUCCCCAGGUUACAAGAUCCUGUAGUCCAGCAAAAGACGUCAAUUCAGUGAUAAAUGACAAUGUCUCAAAUAAGGAAGAUUCGAGACUAUCCACUGAAUCUAUUAAUGAAUCCACUAAUUUUGGUCUACAGACCUGUAACGCAGACAAUAAUCCUGACACAAUUGCAAAUCUAAAGAACGGAAAUUCCUCUAGUUCAGACAUUAAAUCUGUUCGCUCAAGUAAAGAGCCUCCCCAGCUUAAAAGUUCCUUAGAAGCUAGCCAUUCAAAGGAAAGUUCCUGUGGCUCUCCAAAAGACUCCAGUUUAAUGAAAAGUGACAGUGUCUCAGAUAAAGAAUCUCUCGUACAAUCGACUGAAGCUGUUAAUGAAUCAAAUAAUUUUAGUCAGCAGACCUGUACCUCAGACAACGUAAAUCCUGAAACCACCGCAAGACGAAAGAACAGAAAUUCUUCUGGUUCAGAAUCGAAGUCUCUUGGCUCGAGUCAAGAUUCUUCCUCAGAGGUUAGCCACUCUGGUAAAAUUUCCUGUGGCUCUGGAAAAGACUCAAAGCAAACAAAAAGUGACAGUGUCUCAGGUAAUGAAUCUUCCCGACGAUCCACUGCAGCUAAUAAUGAGUCCUCUAAUUCCAGUCAACAGGCCUGUACCACAGACAACAUAAAUCCUGACGCCACUACAAGAAUAAAAAACAGUAAUUCCUCCAGUUCAAAAAUGAAAUCUCGUGGCUCAAAGAAAAAGUCUUCCAAGCCUAAAAGUUCUUGUGGCUCUGCAAAAGACUCCAGUUCAGUGAAAAGUGACAAUGUCUCAGACGAAAAGUCUUCCAGACAAUCCACUGACACUAUUUCUGAAUCCAAUAAUUCUAAUCAACAAGCCAGUGCCCCAGACAACAUAAACCCUGGCGCCACUGCAAGAAAAAAGAACAGAAAUUCCUCCAGUUCAAAAAUGAAAGCUCUUGGCUCAAGUAACGAGCCUUCCAAGCUUAAGAGUUCCUUGGAAGCUAGCCAUUCAGAGAAAAGUUCCUGUGGCUCUGCAAAAGACUCCAGUUCAAGGAAAAGUAACAAUGUCUCAGACGAAAAGUCUUCCAGACAAUCCACUGACACUAUUUCUGAAUCCGAUAAUUCUAAUCAACAAGCCAGUGCCCCAGACAACAUAAACCCUGGCGCCACUGCAAGAAAAAAGAACAGAAAUUCCUCCAGUUCAAAAAUGAAAGCUCUUGGCUCAAGUAACGAGCCUUCCAAGCUUAAGAGUUCCUUGGAAGCUAGCCAUUCAGAGAAAAGUUCCUGUGGCUCUGCAAAAGACUCCAGUUCAAGGAAAAGUAACAAUGUCUCAGAUAAAAAGUCUUCCAGACAACCCACUGAAGUUAUUUCUGAAUCAACUGCUUUCAGUCAAGAGAAUAUGACCUCAAACAUAAAUCUUGACGUUUCUCCUGAUAUAUAUGAUUCUGAUACUGUGUCUACGGGAUCAAAUGAUGAGUUCGAGGAUACAGCUAAUGAAAGUCGAAAAGCUAUGCUAGAUUUAUUAGAAACAAAACCUAUUUCUGAUCACUCUGGAGGGUCACAGCGAAUAAAAAGCUUGUUUACAUCCGAUGAGUGUAGAUCACCUGUGAUAAAAGAUCCCCAUCCUGAAAUACCUGCUUUCACAAAUGCUGUAAGCGUAGGACACCACUCUGUGAAAGGAAAGGGCAUUUUUGCUAACAGAUAUAUUCGGCCUGGAAUAACGCCAACGGUUUCCAGUUCGCUGGAGGUACUGGAAGUGACGCUGGAUGAAAAAGCGGGUAUUCCAACUCAAGAGUUUUACAAAGGUGGAUCCCAUACGGAAUGGGAAUACAAAUAG